AUGGUACUUACCAACAUUAUUGAAAGAUUAUAAAAAAUAGAGUAACAAAAUAUUGAAAAGGUCUCAAUAGGAUAUAUACUUGUAGCAUAUUUCUUUCAUAGUCUAUAAUUUACAACUUAUAAAUACGCUCAUUUUACGAUCUUAACUCAAGCAUUAUAUUUUAGAUCUUUAUUCACAUUGAUUAUACUUUUCUUUGGAUAAUAUAAGUAUGAUUUUUAUCCUAAAGAUAAAGUUAAACUAAUGUUUUAUUCAUAAUUUUUUGUAGCACUAGGAGCCUCUUUAUUAUUUUAUGGAAUCUAUUUCAUAACAACUUCAGAAGCAGCAGUAAUAAAUUCCACUAAUGCAAUUUGGAGUUAGAUUAUAAGUUUAAUAGUUAAUAAAGAGCCAAUUACAAAAAGUAGAAUGAUUAAUACAUUUAUAUGCAUAAUUGGGAUUGUAUUAAUAAUGAAUCCGAAAUUAUCUCAAAAAAAUGAUAUGCAAAGAAUUAUUGCAUGUUUAAGUGUAUUGCUUUGUAGUGUUUUAUAAGCAUAUGGAUUUAUUAAAUUAAAGUAAAUUGGAAAGGAAAUAAGACCAACAAUUAUUACAUCCUAUUUUCAUCUUGCUGUUAUUUUGGUUAUGGGUGUUUAACACUAAUAUGUAACUACAUUUGAGUAUUUUGAUAACUAUUUUUUAUACAUAUUGGCUUAUGCAUUAUUUAGUUUAUCUGGACAUUUACUCUAGUUCAGAGCUUAAGCUUUAGUAUCUUUUGAUAAGAUAUGUAAUUAUCCAUUUUCUUUAAUGAUUUAUUAGAUAUUUUUUGAUUAUUUUUUAUUUGGAAAGAUUUUGCCAAUUCAAGGAUUUCUUGGAGGAGGAUUGGUAGUUUUUGGAAUCUUUAAAUAACUUUAAGAUGAUAAAAAAAUAAGAUGA